AUGGAACCGCAAGCAUCGGCGGCUUUUCGCCUGGUGGCCGCAGACGAGCUUGGGCUCCUGAAGGUGGUGGAGGUGCCGGCCGGUCCGAAAUGGGGCGAUGCAGCUGUAGUGGCCAACUGGGGCACCGUGGAUCGCAAGAACGGCAUCACGGCUCUGUGCAGCACCUCCAGCUCCUUUGAGCCAGGCACACCAUCGUUGCUGGCAGCUGGGCGCCUGGGCGGCAGCGUGCAGGUCCUGGACGGUGGUGCGGGAACCCAGGUGGCGUCCUGGCAGGCAGCGGGCGAGCAGCGCAACGUCGGUAGCCCGGGCACUGCCAGGGUGGUGGGCGUCCAUUUCCUGGGGAGCCUGCCACCCGGCAACGGCCUGUCUGCGGCAGACGCGGCAGCCGCCGCACACCUCAGAGCUCUCAGCGUCACGGCGGGCGGGCGCGUGAGCCUGCACACGGCGGUGGCGGGCGCGCAGGCUGCUUGGGAGCAGAGCAGCAGCUUCCAGGCGGCGCCCUCGGUGGCCUGCUCGGCCCUCAGCGGUGACAGCGCCGCCCUGGCGGUUGGCGGAGAGGGCUGCCAGCUGAGCCUGUGGGACCUUGCAACGCAGUCGCGCGCGUGGCAGGCCAAGGGCGCCAAGCCCAGCAGCAUCGGACUCGUGGACCUGGCACACGUCACCGCGGCCACGUUCCUGGACGGCGGGGGCGGCUACCUCGGCCGCAGCGGCAGGGGCGGUGGGGCUGGCGGAGGGGAGGACGCCAGCUGCUCUGUGGGCCGACGUGUGGUGGUGGCGGGCAACACCAGCCACAAGCUGCUGCUGUACGACACAGCGGCUGGGCGGCGGCCCCAGAUGGAGGUGGCCUGGCGGGACGCGCGCGUCACUGCGCUGGCGGUAGAUGAUGCAGGGCAGCGCGUGUGGGCGGCCAACGGCGCGGGCGCUGUCGAGGCGCUGGACCUGCGCACAGGCCGCAUGGGCGGCGCCCUCAAGGGGGCGGCCGGCUCAGUGCGCGCGCUGGCGAUUCAUCCUGGCGGCGAGCCGCUUAUUGCUUCCGCAGGGCUGGAUCGUUUUGUGCGCGUGCACAAUGCCACGAGCCGCGCAAACCUGGGCCGUGCUUACACGAAGCAGCAGCUUACAACCGUGGCCUGGCUGCCUCCGUUGGCGGCGGCCGCGGCCCCGGAAGCGGUUGAUCGCAGCAGGCAGGAGCCCCAGCCGCGGCGUCAGGCCGGCAAGAAGCAGCGGCGCGAGGCUGACUCGGAGGAGUCAGAGGAGUCGGAGGAAUCGGAGGAGCUGGAUGUGGGCUCGGCCGACGGCUCGGACGAUUCUGACAAUGACUCUGAAGAUAGCAGCGACUCAGGGGACGAGGGCGGCGGCGCCCAGCAGCAGAAACAACGCGGCAGUGGCAGCGGCGGUAGUGGUGGCGGGCGGGGCCGCGGUGGCGGUGGUGGCGGCCGCCGUGGCGGUGGCAGGUCGGGCAGGGGCAGGCACACAGGCGUCAAGCGGCGAAAAUAG